AUUGCUUUUCAAAUACGAUUAGUACCCACCAAACAAAAAUGGCUCCUCUGCAACUGCAACCCUUACUCUCCUGGCUGUUUUCUCUCUUCUUCUUCCUUCAUCUCGUCCAAACAACCGCUCAAAAUUGCUCUGAAACAUCUUGUGGAGACUUAGCUAUUAAAUUCCCUUUUCAGCUGAUCGGCACUUCUCCUCCUAGCUGUGGCUAUCCGGAUUUUGGUCUAUUUUGCAAUGGUAAAAACCAGACACUUGUCACCAUAGGUUCUGUGAGAUAUGUUGUUGAAGAUAUCGACUACGGAAUCCAGGCCUUGCAGAUCAACGACGAACAUAGCUGUCUUCCAAAACAGUAUCUGAAGGGUAUGAGUUUCUCUGGUUCUCCCUUCCUUCCGGAUUAUUUCCUCAGCUUCACGUUUUACAAUUGUUCAUCAAACGCCACUUUGCCAAGCGAUAAUCGGCAUGGACUUAUCGGUUGUCUCAGCGAUGAGAACAACAAGGUCCUGGCUUUGCCGGCCAUGUUUGACAGUGAGUCGAGGUUGCCGUCGAAUUCCUGCGAAGCAACUGCCACUGUCUCCGUUCCGGUUACGGGUUUUUCGUCUGAUCUCGAAGAUAGCUUGCAAGUGAUGUGGAGUACUCCCUCUUGUCAACUCUGUGAAAUGCGUGGCCAGGCCUGUGGGUUAAAGAAUAAUUAUACUUCGGAAGUUGAAUGCUCAUCCGAUCCUUCUGGCUCCUCUGGUCUUUCGACUGGAGCCAAAUAUGGGAUAAUCAUGGGAGUUGGAAUACCGGGGACACUAUGCAUUAUUGGGCUCGGUUGGCUCCUCCGUAGAAGGGCUAGAAAUGAUAAUCAGCGCCGGCAGCGCAACGCCGAAUUGUCCAGCUCAAUAGCGCAGCCGCAGCGGGCGGUGAUGGUGACGGGUCUCGACGGACCCACCAUAGAAUCCUACCCAAAAACUUUGUUAGGCGAAAGUGGGCGACUGCCUAAGCCUAAUGACAACACUUGCCCAAUAUGCUUAUCUGAGUAUCAACCUAAGGAGACCUUGAGGACCAUACCCGAGUGCCAACAUUACUUCCAUGCUGAUUGCGUUGACGAAUGGCUCAAAAUGAACGCUACCUGCCCUUUGUGUCGCAAUUCGCCAGAGAAUCCUGCCGGAAUUCCUUCUUCUACCCCAACAUCUUCACGUUCUUCAGGAAGUCCUCCGUCUACCUCAACAUCUUCUCGUUCAUCCACCGGAUUGUUGCCUUAGACCAAAGUUUUCACUUGUUAUUUUGUGUAAAUAAGUAUAUAAUUGAGAUUUGUUCCGUUCUAUCGUGUACUAAUGGCAGGUAUAUUUCUGUGUCAUUGAAUUUUACUGUGUGUGAUACAAAGACAACAAAAUUGAAGGGCUAAAAAGACGAAAUUGAAAUAAAGAGAUACAGAGGUUUGUUGAUUUCUA